AUGAGAAAGGAGAGGCUGGUAGACACUCAGUAUCUUCCAUCUCUCACAGCUUGGCCCUCAUGUCCUGCUCACAUUCAGCAUGCAAGACCACAGCCCAAUCGACUCCCUCAGGCCGGCCCCACUGAACGUCAUACUCAUUUCCACACUGAAUAUUCAAGUACAUGUAGGAUAUGGGUGAGUGAUGAUCAUGGCAUUGUAUUAGUCAACGAACUUGGUGAAACAUUACACCAAAUCAAAGAUCAAAUCAAAGAUUAUCGCGAUGGAUCUUAUAAUGGGUCGUAUGGAUUGCACACGCUUAACAGUGAUGGUGAACUAAUUUACGUAGCAAAGGAUGACACUAUACUCAAAUUGUCAAAGGAUUUGAAAAAAAGUACCGUAUUCAUUCAGAAUACGGAUUCAAAUCAAUGGAGACCGCAAUGUAUAUAUUAUUCCGCAUUCACGUGUGAUAUCUUUGUCGGCAGGGCAAAUAUGAAUUUAAGAAGAGGAAAAAUAAUUCGGUUUAACAAAAAUGGCAAAAUGGUGCAAACAAUACAAUGUAACGAAGAAGGACUGGACAUCUUUAAAUAUCCUCGCUAUAUAACAGAGAACAACAAUGAAGAUAUGGUGGUGUCUGAUACUUCUGGCGCUGUAGUGGUCACUGAUUGUGCAGGAAAAUUUCGUUUCGCAUACACAGGGUAUCCACAAGAAACAGCAUUAGAUCCACUUGGAGUGUCCACCGACGCACUGUCAAACAUAUUGGUAUCCGAUUAUUACACAAGCUCAAUACAUGUUAUUGAUGAAGACGGUCAGUUUUUGUCAUAUCUAUCGAUAAACCUACAGUGCGUCUCCACACCAUGUUCUAUUUUCUUUGAUAAAAAGACACAUCUUCUUUGGGUCGGCUCAGAGUACAACAAUACAGUAGCUAUCUACACGUAUUUAAGGAAUGAAGAUGUACUGGCAGAUCAAAAUAAACAUUGCGAGGCUGUAAAUAUGAUGCAACAUGACGUCGGAGAUGGAACUUGUUCGAAAAAGCAGAUAUUUGCCCCAGCAGUACAGAACUAUUUCACAGUGAAAGACUUUAAACGCUGUUCCCAUUUAUCAUACGGCAUAUGCGACUGCCUUUUAAUUAAUGAAGGAAACAACUUCAUCAUUACAAGUACAUCAGGUGAAACUAUACACCAUAUUGAGGAUUUACGCAGUAAUGCCCAUACUGGAUCACACUCAAUGAACCUAUCUCGGGAAGAGUUGUUUUUUAUCGAGAAGGACUAUAACAUUGUCAAACUGUCAAAAUAUAAAGAGAAAACAAAAACAACUUUUAUCAAAUAUAUACAGGAAACCGAUUCUGCAUGGAGACCAUGGUGUCUUUACUGUUCUCAAAUAACUGAUGACGUUUUGGUCGGUAUGAAGAAAUUGGACAGAAUACAAGGCAAGGUUAUUCGGUACAACAACCUCGGGGAAGAAAUACAGGAAAUACAACACAACGAAAUUGGAAGCGAUAUAUACAAUACACCACGUUAUAUAACAGAAAACAUUAACGGGGAUGUCGUGGUGUCUGACUCGACAGGUGCUGUUGUGGUAACAGACCGCGAAGGAAGACAUCGUUUUUCGUACAAAGGACAUCCUCCUGGAUCAGAACUAUCUCCACUAGGAAUCUGCACUGACAAUCUGUCACAUAUCUUGGUAUGUGAUGAGUUAACCAACGCAGUACAGAUUCUUGAUAAAGACGGACACUUCCUAUCCAAUCUGCUAAUUAAACCAUCAGGUAUAGUCUCGCCUAGUUGCCUGUGUUAUGAUGUCAAAGCCGACCUUCUCUGGGUAGGGUCAGACGUCAACUACUUAGUAUGUCUCUACAAGUAUAUACCAACACAGGACCCUCUUACUGAUGAGAAUCCAGUAUUAGAAGAUGAAUAUGAAGAGUGCUGUCUGGUUCAAGCAGACUUUUAA